AUGCAUUUCCAUUCAGGUCGCGGUGAUGUCUUUGGUGAACCGUUUUGGAAAGAACCUAACCGUAUGAGUCAUUCAGCGGCAACCGUACGGGCGCUGACCUAUUGUGAUUUGCACUGCAUCAAGAAGGACAGUCUACUGCAAGUGCUCAACUUCUACUCGGCCUUCGCCAACAGCUUCGCACGGAACCUGGUGCUUACAUACGACCUGAAGACAAGAGACGCCCCAUGUUUCACUUGGAACGAUAUUCGAGAUAUUGCAAUACAUGUAUAUCUUUGUAAUGUACUGCUCAUAAGGUUGCUGAAAAUCCAUCGAGAGCUCACGACCUGUUUCGCUCUUUUUGGGGCUCAUCAGCUCAUAUUCCGAAAACUGGCUGAUGUCAAGCGGGAGUUCGAACUGGCCGAGCAUCGUAAGAAUGAUAAUCCCCUGUCCGGUCUCAGAGCUGACCAUCCAGUUCGCCGAAUGAUUCAUCGCUUUCGAAUGAUCGGAUCGCAUGCGCAGUCAGCCAAUGGUUCUUCAAUCCCAAAUGGACAAGAUUCAGAACAGCCAGCUAGAGCUUUGACGGCUGGUGACACCAGUGAGGCAGGCGAAAGUGGUGGUUAUCAGGAAGAUCGCGCAAUAACCGGUGGUGCUGGUGGCGGCAGUGACGGUGGUGGUGGUGUGGUGAGAAGAACCUCAACAAUGGACAAGUUUACAACUCCGGAGGCCCCAACACCUGGAGUGACAAAACUGAACGGGAUAGCAUCAAAAUGGGGCAAAAGGAUGGCUUUGCAACGUGCCUCAGCGAACCUAGACGAACUCGAUAAAACAAUGUCUCAGCAGAACAUAACCGAGAGCUCACAUUUACCUGACCCAGAGGAGACGAAACGCGCCGCUGCGGGGAGGCCACAAUCUAAGUGGGCGAGAGUCACAACAAUACGAGAGGAGCCCGAAAAAGACAGUCAGUCGUCAACAGUACAUGCCUUGAAACAACCACUUUCUGGGAUUCACACAGAGAAACCCACCACCAAUAACAAAAACCUGAUGUCGGUAGACCAAAUGACACUUGCUCAACGGAUAGAAACUCUGGAGGCAUCGAACCGUACCAUCCUUGAUUGUUUGGUUCAAAUGCAAUCCGACCUCAGCAAGGAUGUUGGACAAAUUUUAGAACGCAUGAACAUAGUUGAUUCACAUUUAAAUGAAUUAUUGGAUAACAUAGAAUCUAGAGAAUUGGGAAAACGAGGGCGGGGAAACAAUACAGUGGAGAGCGUAUCUGAUGACUUCCGCUCGUCCGAAACGACCACUUCACCUGGUCACUUGCAUUCACCCACUUCGUGGCUCUUACAAAGACAGCCUAAGCGCCAUCGGUCGCCGAAGUUAGCAUUGUCUAACAGGGUGCAUCCAUUAGAUUCAUUUUGUUCCGUUUCGGAUGCAUGUUCGUCGAGUGAAAACAAUGAAAAUGCCAACAGUGCAGCAACACAGGUUCCCCGAGUUUCAAUCUCCCAAUCACAAGGUACGUUACUUCAUACAGCUUGGCAGAGGCGUGUCGGAACGACACAGGCCUAUUCAACCGAUGUCACGAACUUCAACAUGCAACAAUCCAUACGUUCUGGUCAGACGAUUGCGCAAUAUUAUCGGCAGAAUUCUUCGGAAACCAAUAGUCAGGUGGGAUCUGUGGCUUUCACGAACAACAGUGGCUCCUCAUCUUCCAGAUCAUUCACAUCUUCUGGGGCUUGCAACCAGAGGGCGUCUGAGGUUUUGCGUGACUCAGCUGGACAUUGGAAGAUGGGUGACUCUGAAGAUUACUUUGGCCAGCAACAAACCGAGACCUCACAGAUUCCGACUCAUGCGUCUAGAUCAAAUCCCUCUUUCGAUGACCCACUUACCCCAAGUGUCCAAAAGAUGGAAGAUGAAAUGCCAUCGCAAAAAUCUAAUCCCAUAUCGUCUGGUCACGCUCGGACUCCGAUAACAAGCGUCCACGCGGAAUCAAGCAGUAGGUUAAUCGCAUCCAACCGCCCCAGUCGUACUUCACUGUUAGUGGUAAGAAAGCCGUCGCGGUUGAUGGACCGAACAUGCUCUGUAAACCCGACGACAACCAUACCAACAUCAUCCACACUAAUUUUCUCCCCAACUUGUUCCACAGAAACAACAUUCAGGACUACCAUUUUGCCUAUUCACCGAUCUUCCCUUCCACAGGUUCCCCCUCUUCGACCAAACACCGGGUCCGAGUUGUAUCCACCAGUCUCG